UGCUUUGCCUUUGCUCAACCCGCCUAUAAAACCUCCAGCACAGUACACCAGCCACGAGCCCCCAGGACUACUUUCACUCGACUGCCUCACGCGUAAAGAUACUGGAAACGCCGUACGCGCUCCACAAAAUUACCGAUCCCUAACCAUGAGUGAGAGACAAGGAUCUGCACCAAUGUCUGGCAACAGCAAGCCAGCAUCUGGACAAGGUCCUCCGAAGAAGGUUCAGGCUAAAUGUGAGCAGAAGGAUGUGCCGGCGGAGGACUUUGACAUCGAUAUGCGCGAUCCAGAGACAGAGAAGGCCGCCGUGGCCAUCCAGUCGCAGUUCAGGAAGUUCCAGAAGAAGAAGCAGGACGUGAAGUCGUAAAGGGCCUGUCUGCGGCCCGUGACCUGGCCCCGCCCCCCGGUACCACCUGAUGGGCGUGGCUCUACAGCAGCUCCACCUGUAGUCCUCAUCUUGCAUGUCAAUCAAACUUGCACCGUCAUAAACUGGGGGGGGGGGGGGGGGG